AUGGCGGCUGCUGGUAGUCCGGCCGCGACGGCUGCGGCGGCGGGCGAGGAGGAGGCCGGCGAGAGCCGCAAGCUCUUCGUCGGCGGGAUCCCGGCCGGGGCGCAGGAGCCCGAGCUGCGGGCCCACUUCGCGCGCUUCGGCGAGGUGCGCUCCGUCAUCGUCAUGCGGGACAGGGAGACGGGCCACGGCCGCGGGUUCGGCUUCGUCGAGUUCGAGGACGAGGCCGCCGCCGCCGCCGCGCUCGGCGACGGGGACAGGCCCAGGCACUUCCUCUGCGGCCGCAUGGUGGACGUUAAGAGGGCCAGGACAAGAGCUCCGCGAAACCAGGGCGAGCAGCACUCCCAGCCUCAGCAGGCUGAGCAAGGCCGGGGUCAGGGGAACGAGGACAAUCAGACCCCCACUGGGAACGGUACUGCAGAUAGCGGCAACAACGUGAGCUAUGAUUCAAAAAAGGUCUUCAUUGGUGGUUUGCGGGAUAACAUCACCGAGGAGGAGUUCCGGGCUUACUUUGAGACGUUUGGCACUGUGACAGAUGUCGUGGUGAUUUAUGACAGCGCGACGAGCCGGUCGAGGGGGUUCGGUUUCGUCACCUUUGAUUCGGAGGAAGCAGUGGGAAAGGUGAUGCGGCAGAGCUUUCAUAACCUGAAUGGGACCAAGGUAGAGGCCAAGAUUGCUAUCCCCAAGGAUGAGGCGUAUUACCGUAACAGAGGCCGUGGCGCACGUCCCUUUGGUGGGAGGGCCCUUGCUGGCUAUGAAGGCUCCAUGUACCAACCAUACAAUGCUAGAUAUGGCCCCUACAAUGGCUACAUGCCACAACCUGUUGCUGCACAGCCUUACUUUCCUGCCCCCUAUUUUGCUGUGGGGGCCUAUCCCUAUGGGAGUGGAUACCCAAGCCAAGGCGUCAUGACAAAUGUUCCUGGCAUGAUGUCAAGGCGGGUUCCUCCGGCCUAUGGAACAUAUCCUCAAAUGUAUCCAGGGUUUAACCUUCUAUACAGAGCUGGUUAUGGUGGUGCAGCCACUUCUUUUCAGCAUGGAAAUAAUGGUGGAAAUGAUAACAAAAAGGAUCAAGUGAAUGUAGAUAUGCAGCAAGUUGACAACACUUCUAGCGUUGCAACAAUGUUGGAACAUAUGAAGCUAGGUUCACAAUGA